AUGUUGGCUUCGAUUUUAUUCCAGAAAAAGCAAUACUUCAAGUAUGUCGCAAACACGCAGAAGUCAAACGAAGUACAACAUGUUGAUCGAUUCCGCCGACUAGUCCGGCUGAUACCAUCUCUCACAGACCUCGAACUGACAAUGAACUUCGCUCUUGUUUUCGCAAGCCUCAUGGCGGCCGCUGUUUACGGAGAAAUUUGCAGAGAUAAGGCAGACUGUGCUGACACAAAAUGUGUUACUGGUAUGAUCACUUGUGCUGAGAUCUCAGGCAACCAUUUGUGUACGUGUAUUCACAACAACAUGAACAAUAUCACGUGCUCUGCCAGGGCUGAUUGUCAGAUGGAUUCUGUUUCGAUGAAUUGUGCCAACGACAUGCGACACUGUUACGACGGGACCUGUCGCUGUGAGGGAAUGGGGCACAAUCAUGGAAUGCAUACCCAACAUCCUCACCCAGACCACCCCACGCAUCCUCCCCACGGUGGUCAUUAG